AUGGACCACAGCUACCAUGGCCGCCCCCCAACGCGUCGACGCGCCCUCGGCGACGGCACUCACCGUGCGAACGAGAACUCUCAUUCACAGCGGCAGAGCGAAAAGCACAGUCACGAGCACGUGGCUCCUCCACCUAAGGCUCUACCCCACAACGAGUCAAUAGUACCAAAUGGCACACUCGCCGUGCGUCACGAGCAGCAGUCUACUACCCCUGAGAACAAGCGCCUUUCCGCUGUACUGGCUCACGAGGCGCGCCCACACAACCCGAAACGCGACUCAACCAUCUCCAAUGCCAGUACCAACGCGUCAAACACCAACCGUCGCCGCAAGACACACAUUGGGCCAUGGCAGCUGGGCAGGACUAUCGGACGAGGUGGAUGCUCGCGUGUGCGGCUGGUAAGGCACAGCAUGACAGGGCAAUUUGGAGCCGCCAAGAUCAUCUCGAAGACCACCGCGGAGAAGGUACGUGCGCUGAGUCUGGCGAACUUGAUCCAAAGUGCAGAGCAGGAUCCCACACUGUACCCUGACGGCAAGGUCAUCCCCUUCGGUCUGGAGCGCGAGAUCUGUAUCAUGAAGCUGCUGGAUCACCCGAACAUCGUUCGCCUCUACGAUAUCUGGGAGAACAGGGACGAACUCUACCUUAUCAUGGAGUAUGUCGAAGGCGGCGAAUUGUUCAGUUACAUUCAUGAGCAAGGCGGUCUGAUCGAGAUCCACGUUGUCCAUAUCUUUCGCCAGAUCAUCGCGGCCUUGAUCUACUGCCACCGAAUCAGUAUCCACCACCGCGACCUCAAGCCGGAGAAUAUCUUGCUCGAUCGAGAGACGAUGACAGUCAAACUUGUUGACUUUGGCAUGGCAGCGUUGCAACCAACUGGCAAGAAGCUAACGACACCGUGCGGCAGCCCCCACUAUGCAGCACCUGAGGUCAUCAAGACUACUGCGUACGACGGUGCCAAAGCUGACGUCUGGAGCUGCGGCGUAAUCCUCUACGUCUUACUCACAGGCACGCCACCCUUCAAUUACUCGGGCGAUGAUCGAGAUCUCAAGUACCUGUUCAGGGCGAUCGAGAAGGGUGAAUACGUUCUGCCUGACACCUUGUCACGCGAAGCCGCAGACCUGAUCAAGCGUAUCUUAAUUCCUGAUCCCAAGCGACGUGUUGGUCUCGAAGACAUCUGGAAUCACCCUUUCCUGCACAAGUACAGCAAGGAGCUGAACUUUGUUGGGGAUAACACUGCGGCCAGUCAUUGGACAGGACCACUGCCAUCAAUUGCAAGCUGGGAGACUCUGGAGCGAACAACCAUCAAUCGAGAGAUCUUGCGAUACCUCCGCACACUUUGGCAUAGCGAGAAGGAAGAGGUCAUCAUCCAGCGCCUCAUGAGCAGAGAAGCGAACCAAGAAAAGUACUUCUACUCGGCACUCCAGAAGUAUCAGCAAGACCAACUCGAGAACUACCAGCCAAGUGCUCACCACCCGAUCGCGCACUCCAACAGCGACCAUCAUCACAAUGUGCGCCAUACGCCGACCAAAGAAGACAUUGAGCAGAUGCCCAAGCAGAAGCACAAGAGGUCGCAGUCCGGGUACUCGAUCUUGAACAAUGAGCACAUGUACUCAAAGCACAGCUUCUACGAAUCGCCUGCGUCAGAGGCCAGUUACGACCCGUUUCGUGCCUCGAGACAACCCAUCCUUCCGGAGAAGGCCACACACCCAAAUGUCACUGUUCGUCGCCGGGCCAGCAAUGGUAGCCGCAACCUUCGACCAAUUACAGCCCUGGGUCAUCGCACCGGCAGCUCACUGCGUGUCCAAGCUCUGCGGAACUCUAAGCGUGGUUCUGCUGUCUCUCGCAGCUCAUCCAAGCACACCACACCUUCUCAACGAUCGGUAUAUGCCCGUUCUGUCUCACGAUCUUCACUCGCAAGUUCACACUGGCCAAGUAGUCCUCCGGUCAUUGCUCGAUCUGGCGGAAUCGGUAGGCGAGGCGUGAGCUUCUCGCACUUGCAUCGUCGAGGCUCUACAGCAACUGCAAGCACGGCAGAUACAGGUGCGGUACCAUACACUUCGAACCGGUCGUUCGACCGUCGCCGGGAGUCUAUUGGAUCGUACGGGUCCUCGCUUCGGUCAAGCACUAUUCAGCCGUCGCCCGCUACUCGAACCAAGUCGAGGGCUUCUGCGAGCACAGCAGCACCUCGCCUUCGAAUGCGAAAGCCUGAAAGUCCUAGCAAGUACAUUCAAAGCGAGGCGCGUAAAGUCAGUACCGAGCUCGGGAAGGUCAUGGAAGAAGCCUUCAACCGUUCAUCCAUGAGCUCGAGUAUACGAACCACACGCACCGAUGCUUAUCAGGAAGGAACCUUCUCCCAGUAUGACACGCCACCUACCUCGUUCUCGAACCGAGACUCAGGUGGCAGCACGAUUGCCACUCCAAACACGAAGGCGAUGCUUGCAUCUCGGCCACUUCCACCAAUCCCAAAGGAGACGCCGAACACUUUCUUACAUCGAAAGCUUGUUGAGACACGAGCAGACAUCGCUCGACGACUGACUGAAGAUGACGACAACACCGAGCACUUUACAGAAGUGCUUGAACACUUGGACCGCUUAAUUGUUCCGCCUGCUAACAGCAAGCGUGUGGUAUCUGCUCCUGCUAGAUCUCCAGAGCACAUUGCGCCUUUGCAUGCUAUACCGGAGGAGGUGAAGGUUGAUGGUGGAGCUGGGUUUGAAACAACCUAUAGCCCUCACUAUCGAGCCGUCACUGACCCAGUUAGGCCUCAGGUUCGACGCGCAGUUACAGCGCAAGAAACAAUCCGCAUUGUGGACCAAUCACCCAACCGCAUCGCACCUCUUAACAUUCGAAAGCGCAGUGGGGCAAGCCUUUCUUCGAAGUAUGCGAACGAUGUGCCCACUUCCAUCCCAUGGCCAGGGCCAAGCGCGCAAAACUCUGUUCGGUCUUACCAAGACGUGCAGAAAGACCUGCCGGCCGCACGCGUCCACAUUGCGCCUCCUCCCGCACCUGAGAAGCAGCCCAUCGUCAAGAAGAAGAAAUCCUUAUGGUUCCGUCGCAACACCGAUGAGAAGGAGCAACAAGACAAGAACGAGCCUCAAGUCAAGACGAAAAAGUCGACCACCCUACUGCAGAUACCCGAAGCAUGGCAAGGUCUCGACGAUCGUAUCAAGAACGACCCUUCCCCCACACUGAGCACUCACAAUGAAGCUGCUAAGCAUGCCUCGAAGCAGUCUGACGGUAGCAACGCCAGCGAGUUUCCCAUGCGCAACACAGGUUCAGCUGCUACUAAGAGCGACAGCGCCCCGCGAAAGGGCCUUCUUGGCUUCUUUGGCAAGAAGAAGGAGGAGAAGGCCAAAGGUCCUAUGGAACUCGAUCUCAACUCCAGCUCAUCGUCCAUUCUCUCGAACCACGGACUUGGCCCCGAAUCAAGCGAGUCAGUGAACCGUUCUGGUCCACCUGAAGUGCAGAUGAACUGGCUGUCACGCUUCCUGCACAUCAAGCCCGCUACAAAGACUCUCUGCUUCCAUGUCGGUCGCGGCAAAGUCCGUGGGGACCUGGUUCGCUUGCUGCGAGACUGGCAGCGCUUUGGCGUCCGCGACGUUACUUUCGACCGCAAGACCAACAUCAUCCAUGCUCGUGUAGACAAGAUCAACCAUCUCAAGAUCAAGCCUGUAUCCUUCGUUAUCGAGCUCUUCGUCGUUCUGGAGCACGGGCGCCGGGCCAACCUUUGCCUGGCGCGAUUCACACAGACACGGGGGGCGGCAUCGAGCUUCCGUAAGGUUGUGGACAUCGUCGAGGAUGUGUGCCGUGCCAAGUCUAUGCUGGUCGAGGACCCCGAGAAACAGGCAACAAUGAUGGAGGUGCUAGACUAGGAGACUGGGAUAAGGACUGGAGAUUUGGCCCAAGGAAUUCGGCGGGUUUCAUGGACACUUGGUGGUAUACUUUCCCACCUAUGAGGGUACAUAUUGCCUGAGCAUCUGUUUGGCACGUCUGGAGGAUGCUUGGAUACACGAUCUUGGUGUUUGGCUUCGCACACGAUACCCCGAGCAGCCUUAGCCCAGCAUGGUCAGUUCGAGCAGUACCAUUCCCAGCACCUUUUCAUCAGCCUUCCAAUCGUUGGCUCUCCAGGUUCGUGUUGCAGCUUGGUGUAGUGUUCUUCCACACUUCUCUGUACUUAUUAGCAUUGGCCUCGAGUCGAUAGUUGGGACGGAGUCUGGUGUUUCAAGCAAGUAUCCAUCUGUCG